UGGGCAAAAAUCCCUUGUACCAGAUUCAACACAAAAACCAUCGAGAUUUCUUUACUCGAUUUAACCCAUACUUGCAAUUCGUUGAAUCUAACCCUUUCAAUUCCUUCGAUUUUGCCCAACCCUAGUUUUUGCCAUGGCCAGCGACCGGGAAGAACGCAAGCACCGUCGUUCAUCUGACGACGAAUCUGAAGAACCCUCAAAACGCCGCAAGCACCGUCAUCACCGUCGCCGUCACCACCGUCAUCACAGUCGAAAGCACGAGAAGCACGAAGACAAACGUGAGGAGGGCGAGGAAGAAGUCACAGACAUGCCGCCUCCUCCUCCUCAUCCUCCGUCUGCUAAUUGUCGGCCUGAUUAUGACAUGGAGGAAGGAGAGAUUGUGGAAGAAGAUGCUGCUGAUUUCGACGGGAAGAAGACAGCAGAUUCUGAUGCCGAGUCCGGAGAAAUCAAAAUGGAAACUGGUGGUGCUGUGGUAGUGCCUAAUCGUAGUAUCAGGUUGCCGUUGGAUGAUGAUAAUGCUCAUCUAUCUGGUGGACAAUUGAUGGAUGGGGACCAUGAAAAUGAUGGCGUGGUGGCUAAGGCUUUCUCGGAGAGGAAUUCUGUUCAUGGCUCCAAGAUAUGUGAGGCAGUUGAUAAGGAGGCAAAUCGAAGUAAGAAGCAUAAUGAUAAUGGGUACAUGAGAGACGAGUCUCAUAUAGGAGUCAGUAACCAACCUAGAAGAAGUUGGUCACCAGGAGGAAAUGGUAAUAGAAAGAGUCAUUAUGAUGAUGAUUUUGAAACGAGGGACCGGAAGAAAUCUUUGUCUAAUGAAAAUUACGUGAAAGUGCAAAAAGACUUGUCAAGCGUGCAUGUGCAUGAAAGAAGUCAGGAAGAUGUUACUACUACUAGUAGAUCUAGGUCUCAUGAGCCGGGUAGGGAGAGGUCACGGUCUCGGAGCAUUUCUCAUGGAGCAUCUCGUCUCGAGACACACAAAGAGGAUAUUGAAUAUUUUACAAGCAGGAAAAAUAACGGGGAUGGUGACAAUGAAAGACUGAACAAACUUACAAAGGACUAUCGACAUGGCAGUCGAGAUUCAGCAAGGGAUAAGGAAAGAGAGCGUAGUUCUAGUCGUAGCAGACAUGGUCUACAAGUAGAUAAGCAUCACAGCAGGGAGUCUGGAGAGAGAAUUAGGGAGGGCAGCUGGGAGACAUGGGAUAGGGAUAGAGAUAGAGGGAGAGAUUUGAAAGAGAUUGAGAGGGACAGAGUGAAAAAGAAGGAACUUGAGGUGGAGAGGCAACACAAAAGCAUCAAGGAUGCAGAACGUUAUAGGGAGAGAGAGAGGGAGAGGGACAGGGAGAGAGAUAGAGACAGGAGAGAGAGGGGAAGGCGGGAGCGAGAGAGAGAGCGGGAACGGGAGAGGUCACAUGACAUAGGUAUGGAGAGAGAGAGUAGUAGAAAUAGAAGAACUUACAACCACAAUGAUGCUGGUGAUGGACGUGGUGGUCGUGAUAGGAUCGAUGAUUACAAACAUCGUAGGCCUGAGGAAACAAACUACAGAGAUAGACCUAGGAAAUAUGACAUAGAAAAAGCUGAUAGUUUCAAAGGUGCACCUUCAGAUGUAGAUACCAAAAGAAGGGAGGAGGUUGAUGAAGAGGUAUAUCAAGAAAGAAGUGCAUUGGAAGCUGAGGACGAUGAAGAAGAAGAUCUUAACAGAAUAAAAGAGGAGAGUAGAAGGAUCCUUGAAAAAUAUAGGACUAAGCCAUUGCGGCAGAAGCAACAAGAGCCUCAGUUUGAGGAUACAGUUAAAGAGGAUGUGGGAGAGCCUUUUAUCCAAAAAAAGAAUGUGGAAGAGAAUUCUCAGUCUGUAGCUUCAGCAGCUAAAGUUCAUUCAGGCACUCUUGAUGGUCAAGGAGAAGGAUCCGAUACUAACACUGGAGACACACCAUUUUCUGUUGGUAGAUCAACUCCACAAAAUGGUAAUUCUGGUGCUGAGAGGAACUCUGGUACUGGGGGAUUGGGAGAGGGUACUCCAAAGAGUGAGCGAUCGAAUGGUGAUGAUAUAUUUGGAGAAUCUCCACCUCGAGUCCGUGAAAUGAAUGAGAGAUCAAAUGACAUGUUCUCUGAUGAUAUAUUUGGAGAGUCACCAGCUGGAGUACGAAAAUAUGGAAAAGGUGAUGGUUUGGCUAUCCAGAGAAGUGGCCUUCAGGAUAAUUGGGAUGAUGCAGAAGGUUAUUACAGUUACCGUUUUGGGGAAAUACUUGAUGGUCGAUAUGAGGUUGUUGCUGCUCAUGGUAAAGGCGUUUUUUCAACAGUGGUUCGUGCAAGGGAUCUCAAGGCCGGAUCUGGUGAUCCAGAAGAAGUGGCAAUAAAAAUCAUACGCAACAACGAUAAAAUGUAUAAAGCUGGUUUAGAAGAAUUGGUCAUAUUGAAGAAGUUAGUUGGUGCAGACAUGGAGGACAGGCGCCAUUGUGUCCGGUUCCUUUCCAGUUUCAAGUACCGGAAUCAUCUUUGUUUAGUUUUUGAGUCUCUUCAUAUGAAUCUUCGUGAAGUAUUAAAGAAGUUUGGUCGUAAUAUUGGUCUUAAACUAACUGCUGUAAGGGCCUAUGCAAAACAGCUCUUCAUUGCUCUAAAACAUCUUAGAAACUGUGGCGUCCUUCAUACCGACAUUAAGCCAGAUAACAUGCUGGUAAACGAUGCGAAAAAUGUUCUGAAGCUUUGUGACUUUGGAAAUGCUAUGUUUGCUGGGAAAAAUGAGAUCACACCGUACCUUGUGAGCCGCUUUUAUCGUGCCCCUGAAAUAAUUCUAGGUUUGACUUAUGAUCAUCCUGUUGAUAUGUGGUCCRUUGGUUGCUGUUUGUUUGAGCUUUAUACUGGGAAGGUUUUAUUCCCUGGUGCUACAAACAACGAUAUGCUUCGCCUUCACAUGGAACUGAAAGGUCCAUUUGCAAAAAAGAUGCUGCGAAAGGGAGCAUUCACCGAACUUCAUUUUGAUCCAGACCUCAACUUUGUUGCCAUAGAGGAGGACCCUGUUACCAAGAAGACUGUAAAGAGGCUGGUUAAUAUGAAGCCGAAAGACAUUAGUUCUAUUGUUAUGAGCUCUCCUGGAGAGGAUGCAAAGAUGGUAGCCAAUUUUAAGGAUCUUCUGGAGAAGAUAUUUAUCUUAGAUCCUGAUAAGAGGAUAACUGUGCAGCAGGCACUGAGCCAUCCAUUCAUCACGGAACUUCGGACACAGUUCCUGACAUGGCCGAAGUCCGCAGACAUGAUGUUAGGUUGGACGACCUCUUGGCGGUUCUUUCCGUGGAAUAUGUACUGUUCUAUUGAAUCUACCAGUGCUAUGAGGCCACCAGGCAGUGCUUUAGAUGUUUAAUGGCACUCUGGAGAAGGUAUCUUGGUUUGUCUGUUUGGAGCUUAUUAUGACAAGUUAUAACUUUUAAGCUUUUUUUUCUUAUUCACGAGUGCAUUAGCACUCAUGAAAUUUGAAGGGCACUAUUGCCAUUGAGAAUUUCUGUGCUGGAGUUCGUUUCAUUGCUUCUGGCUUUGAAAGUUGUGAUAUUUUCCGCGUGUAGCAUUUAGAAGAUGAAAUCUGUUUCUUUUUUUGUUGUAGAAUAUAGGUGCUAGUGUCUAGCUAUAUGUUAAACAAGUGCUUCAUGCCUUCUGUUAGUUGUAUAUGUCAUCCUGUGUUAGGAGGCCACAUAGGUGACAUAAUGCUUUUUCUUUAUGCUAGUUAAAUCAUUUGUCCAUAAUUAAAUCUAUAUUCUAAUGAUGCUCUAUUCCACCUGAUUCAUGGUUUGGUCACUCUGGAUGAUCAUGCAUGGAGGCGUGUGUGCUGGAGCUUUGAAGUAAAAGUAUAUUCAUCUCUAUGCCUUUCCAACUUCUGUAAGUAUCAAUACUCUGAUCAUCUUUUUAGUCUUUUGUGCCAUUUUCUACUCCUGCAGUUCUGUUAAACAGUUGCAGGAGUGAUCAUGUCAAGGUUCUUCUUUUUUCUUUCUGAAUAUGGGUCUUCAGCUUGUCUGCGUUAAUUUCACAUCGUCACUUAUAAACACAGUUAUUUUAUAUGGCCACCUGUGUAAAUGUUUAUAAGUUUCAAUCCUCACCUAUAUAUCUUUGUAUAUCUUAACUGAUCAACUCUUCCAUUAACCGGCUGCAUAAAUUUCUUAGCCAUACUUGUUCUGUUCUGUGAUGUAUACUUUAAAAUCUCAGGAUGAGUAUCCACAUCUAAAGAAUGUUAACUAUUUGCAUAAGUUUUCUGGUCUAUAUUCGAUCUUUGCUGUAUGCUCAAUUUCAGGAUGACUACCUUGAAAAAGAGGCUGUUUUGUUGUCAAAGUUCCCAGUGUGUUAAAUCACAAGCAACUUGAUAGGAUCUGUGAAAUACUGAAUUUGCUUAAUCAGAUUUAACUUUAGCAAGUUAAUAUAAUUUCGAAGGAGAUAAAAUUGAUUCUGUUCAACAGGGUGAGUUAACGUCACUAUUGGAAGUUGUCUGAUUUGGGAUGCAUAUUGUGGUUUGCAACAGUUAUCCUUUCUUAUAAUGUCAUAUUCUUAGGAAAGAAUUACUUGCUCCAUCCCACAAUGAUUUUUCCCAUUUGAAUGUUGUCUAGUCGGUUACCUGAUUUCAAACUGUUUGGAAACACCUUUGUUAGGAUUUGUUCUGCAUCAUGUAUAAUCAAGUUAAAUAACGAUAAAGUAACCGCUAGUAAUGUUUAUUCAACCGUUAAUCUUUCUUACCAAAAAUUGACAUUUGGACACAUUUUUCCUUGAUGAGCCCCGACAGCAACACCAUUUUUAUCAGGAAGAAAACAAUUGCAGCCAUUGUACUUGGCUUUAGCUUUCAAAAUAAUGAUUCUGCUGUAAGAAUCCCAAAACAUUAUAGUUAGUGAACAUUUUUUUCUUGCUGAAUUUCCGUAGCGUUGAAGAGGUGGGAAUCCAUCAAGUAUGGCCUGGGGUUCGUAUCUGGGCACCAUUCAUCUACCUUUUGGAAAUAGGUGAUGCCAUGAUUUAUAAGAAAUAAUAUGGCAAAAGGCGCAGCAAAUAAGGCUUGAACUCGAGCCAACAAAAUUCACGAGCACGUCUCUAUCCAUUCACCUGUCUUUGAGACACCUUGAUUUUUCCUCCAAUUAUUUACUAGUACAGUGAUUAUUUUGAUAGCUAAAUUUUAGUACCAUGGUUGAAUUUUUCCAAGAGAGUGUUCCUUUUUGGGUUUUUGCAACAAUUAUGAUUUCUUGAAACCAAAGAGAAAUAAAUGGUUACACUUUUUCACUUUUUUAUCGGGGCAAAUUGGUAAGGUCAUGUCUUUUUGGCUGGAAAGUAGAGUGUGGUCAGGAAGUGGUGGGAAUAUUUGCUAUGUUGUUUAGAUAAAAUUUUACAAGGCAUGGGGUGUACAGUUCAUUAGCUUGUGUUUUGAAUUGUGCUUUUUUUUUCCUUUUCUUUAUUGUUUUCCCUUUUAUGAUCGUCCAUUCUGUGGGAACUAUUCAACUUAUAAGAUUCCUGCCCUUGUUUAGGUGCUCGUGUUUUAUUAAAAUCUGCUGUCCCCAAAUCACGUGAAGCCACAUGUCAAUUUGUUGAGGAGAGAAAACAUUAAUUAAAUAAAAAAUUAUAUAAAAUAAAAUAAUGACAUGGCUUCACGGACAGCAGAUUUUUAUUCGCUUUUUAGGUUUCCUCCUCCAGGUUUAGAUUUAGUAUUUGUCUACGUCUGGGUAUUCAGCUGCAUGAGGAUUACAUUGCUUCCAGUUCUUAAGGGCUUGUUCCAUGAAUGCCAAGUCGUUUCACAUUUCAGAUGAAAUUGGAUCAUAAUUUCAUAUGAUGUCAAUUAGAUGAUUAUAGUUGUUUAAUGUUAUUUUAUAUGAUGUCAAUUUAUGUGCACUAGCGUACAUGUGAAGAGUAGGAAUACCCAGUUUGGAGGACAUCCAAAUAGAAUCCUCUUUAUAAUUUCAAGGACAUGUUGCUCUUUACCAUGUCCAGUGGCAUGUUUCUUACUUACCGAUUGAACUGAACCUUGUAUGAGAUGCAGCUUUAUGGGUUGCGAGCAAGAAAAAAAUAUGAUUUCUGGGAUUUUCCAGUUUGAGUGCUUAAUUCUAUCAGGUAUCCUUGAAGUAUAAUUUUAAUCCAAAGCUAUAGAUUUCAUUCUAUGUUUAUACUAGUAGUUGUUUUAAUCAGAAUGAGCUUUUUGGGUAAAACCAAAAAUUUAAUGCCACGCCACUAUGUGAUUUCAGCAGGGUAAACAAACGUGUUAAUACGCACAAGAGAAAAGAAGUCAAGUGGCCCUUGUUUAACAUGUGUAGUGUUGAGGAUUUAAGAAACAUUUUGAAUUAUUUUUUGCUUGUUAUGAUCGUACUACUGAGCAAGCCUUUUAAGGCUUAAAGAGGCAAUAAAUUAAGACCGUUUACCAAUGAGGUGUCACUUACCUUAUCUAGUGAGCAUGCGGAAGUCCGAGAAUUACCCAAUAAGAGGAAUAUCAAGUAAAUCUUACCCAGUGAGGAAAAAGAUUUACUUGAUAAAACAUGCUUACCAACAAUCUAUUUUGAUUUCUACUAUGUUACCUGGUAAGGUGAACGAGGGUGGUGACUUUUGCCAAUAAGCGUUUGGUAAACGGCUAACACUAAGAUUAUCCACCUUGUGCUGGUUAACUUUUUGAAAAUAAUUUUGUACUUUUUUGUAUUUUUUUUUGAGGUUGCUUGCAUUAGGCCUUGUAGCUAGUGGCACAUCUAGUAUCCAUGGAUUUGUGCCUGCCUUUUCAAACACACUUGUUUAUGAAAGCAAGAGAUGGAUCUUUUUCUUAAAAAUUCUAACUUAUUGAUCCAUUUAAGUGGUGUAUUAGUUAUGUUUGUUGCUUACAUGUUUCUUUUGCCUUUAUGCAAGCUAGAGGUGGUGGUGGUUCUCAUGGGAGGGACAAACAGGUAAAGGUAAGGUCUAUGUACAUCUUAUUCCCAGACCCUAUCUACCUUUGGGUGGGGGAUAUAUGGGUUAUGUUUGGUUCUCUUUCCUUAUAUAUGAAGCAAAUUAUUUGUACAUUUUUAUUCUUGUGAUUGUGGUGUGGUUCAAUGGGGUGUUGUACUGUUGAGUUUGUUGCAAUUGAAGUGAGAAUUGCU